AUGAAUAGGCUCGCAAGUGUCGCAGCAGACUCAGUCGGAGCCGCUCGAUGUAUUUCCAUCAAGAAGUACCCCGACGGCAUGUUCAAUAAAGCAUUCCUCAUGUCUAUGGACAAUGGCCGGGAAGUCAUAGCCAAGGUGCCUAACCCAACUGCUGGCGUUCCACACUUUACAACUGCCAGUGAAGUCGCCACGAUGGACUUCGCCAGAAAAAUUCUUGAUACACCAGCGCCUCGCGUAUACGCAUGGAACUCGCAAGCAAGAUCGCACCCUAUUGGGGCUGAAUUUAUCAUCAUGGAGAAAAUUGAAGGUGUUCCGCUGUCACAAGUCUGGAGCACGAUGACAUUACCCCAGAAGCUUCAACAUUACGGCAGCUUGUACUACACGAGAGAUAUGCAGCCACCCACAGGCAACUACUACGUCAAAGAUGACCCGCAUAACCCCGAACAGAUUACGGGUAUCAUCGACUGGCAGUCUUGUCACAUCUCGCCCCUCUUCAACCACAAUCCCGAUCCAGCCUUCCUCGACUGGGAUGGUCUUGAGCCUGAGACGCUCAAUCUGGCCCCACGGCCGAAACUCUCCGGGCUUUCACCGGAAGAACGGUCCGCGGCUGUGCAUGAGUAUACCAUCCAAAACGUGUUCAUUGGAUGGCGGAAACUCAUGCAUGUCAAAAACCCAGAUCUAUAUCGAGUAGUCGAAUUCCGAAAGACGGCUGCAUACGGGCUGAUAUUUCUUGCCCACCGAAUGUUCGAAUACGGCGAGGCACACUUCCAAUCGCUUCUGGUCGACCUUAAGGACACGUGGGCGGACUUACCUGCCGUCACCAGCGACAUCCCGUUUCCGUUCGACUUUUCGGAGGCAGAUUUCGAGCAUAUCAAACUGGAUAGCGAUGGUGCUGUAGCAGGAACCGAGCUUGUUGCGGAGGUCAAGGGGAGGAUGGGCGAUCUGUGGCCGGACAAAGGCUUUAUCGAGCACGAGCGAUAUGAUGAUUGCAAAGCUGCCCUCCACGAAAUCGAAGAUCAGAUAUUGGAGCACUUGGCUGAAACUGACGAGGAAAGGGCUGAGUACGAGCGUCAUUGGCCAUUUGAAUGA